ACUUCUGGUGGUGAACAGUCAUUCUAAAACGUCGGACUAAGAAAUUUCAGUUUUGUUUACCGUCGAAGGAAAAUGUUUAUAGUUCAAUUUUAAUUUUAAAAAUUUAAUAUCUAAAAAUUGCUUAAAAUGGAAGCUGGUUUGGUAACAGCUUUUAAUGAGAUAAUCAACAACGAAAACGUCACUGGAUGCGUUUUAACUAAUCCUCAGGGGCUUUGUAUGUUAUCUAGCCCAAAUUUGAAGCCUGAAGUUAGUGGGCUGGUGUCUGCAAUUUCUCAGCAUGCUGCAAAAUUGGAGGAUAGUGAUGGACCGCCCAUUAUUACUCUUGAAGGAGACAACAGAAUGUGCCUGAUUCUUACUGAAGGAGGAUAUACAACGACAAUUUUUAAGAAAACAUCGCAUCAGUUUUGAAUUUUUCCUAAAUGUCUCUUACUAUUAAAUUGGUAAAUAUGUAUGUAAAUUAAUAUGUAUUUUUAACAUUACUAGAAUAAGGUUUGUGUAUGCGUUCCUGUAAUAAAUCAAUUUUUGUCCCUUGCAUAGAUUAA